AUGGACAGAAGCCUGGUGGCCGGACUGGACGGGCCACUGGUGGACCCAGCCCGGGCCAAAGCGGCGGCCCCUUUCGGAGCCCGAGCCCCGGCACCGCCUUCGUCUGGAAAGCGUGCAAAAUCACGCCAGAGUGGCCAGACCCCCGCCUCUCUCUCCCAAGCGCCCCUGCCUCCGCUCCCCCCACCCCACCGGCGGGAGUCGCGGCGGGGGCCGGCCUUCCCCGACUUCGAGGCGGCCAAAGCGGCCUGCCGGCAGCCGGAGCCCAGCGGCGCCUCCCCUCGACGGCGGGCCAAGCGAGGCUUCACCUACCCGGGCACUCUGUGGUGCGGAGCCGGCAACAUCGCGGAGAGCUACGAGCAGCUGGGGGCGCACCGGGAGACAGACAGGUGUUGUCGGGAGCACGACCACUGCCAAGAUGUCAUCCACCCCUUCACCAUGAAGUUUGGGUACCGCAACUUCCGCUGGCACACCAUCAGCCACUGUGACUGUGACAAGAGGUUAAAGGCCUGCCUGAGGAGGGUGAACGACACAGCCUCCCGCGUGGUGGGCCAGGCCUUCUUCAACGUCAUCCAGGUCCCCUGCUUUGAGUUCGUCUACAAGGAGCAAUGCGUGGAACCUUAUCUCUAUGUUUGGUGCAAGAAUUACAGCACUGUAAUUGUGGCCGUGGCCCAGGAGCCGGUGCUGUACGACUACGGCGGGGAGGUCAUCGAUGGCCCGGCCACGCAGCGGCCACCAGCCACAUCUACGUCAGCGGCUCCCAGACGAGAGUCCACCACUGCCGGCACCCAAGUCAGGCCGAGCGGCUCCCCUCCAAAGCGGCGUAAAGGAAAGGGCAAAGGCCGGAAGGGCCGGAAGGGGAAGGGCUUGAAGGUGACCAAGGGGGCGGAAUCUGUCAAGCCACUCAAUGGACAAGGGCUGGGGAAGGACGCCUUCCAAGGGCAGAAGCUCCCCGUGACGGAGGAGGAAACCUUCAACGCCAUCCUCAGCGAUGAGCCGGCUGGCCUGUGGACUAAGAAAACAGGCACUGCGGAACCCCCCUCAUUGCAACCUUUGCCAGCCCCUUCCCAGAAAAAGAGGAAGGGCAGGAGGAAGCGUCUUCGACUGCAAAAGCCCAGCUGAGAUGUCUGCCGAGCCCCUCAGGGGACCAAGUCCAUAAACAAGUCAGUUCCACUAAGGCCGGUCUUCCCUUACUAAUCCUCCUCCCUCCCCACCAGCAAAGCUGC